AUGAGAAGCGUUGUUACAAAGCGUCUUUACGUUCAUGAUCUAACCCAAUACUACGACAACAACAAGAGCGACGUUGCCAUUCUGCAUGACAACAACAAAAGCGACGGUGCCAUUCUGCAUGACAACAAAAGCGACGUUGCCAUUCUGCACGACAACAACAAAAGCGACGUUGCCAUUCUGCAUGACAACAACAAAAGCGACGGUGCCAUUCUGCAUGACAACAACAAAAGCGACGGUGCCAUUCUGCAUGACAACAACAAGAGCGACGUUUCCAUUCUGCACGACAACAACAAAAGCGACGGUGCCAUUCUGCAUGACAAAAAAAGCGACGUUGCCAUUCUGCACGACAACAACAAAAGCGACGGUGCCAUUCUGCAUGACAACAACAAAAGCGACGGUGCCAUUCUGCAUGACAACAACAAAAGCGACGGUGCCAUUCUGCAUGACAAAAAAGCGACGUUGCCAUCCUGCACGACAGCAACAAAAGCGACGGUGCCAUCCUGCACGACAACAACAAAAAAGCGACGGUGCCAUUCUGCACGACAACAACAGAAGCGACGGUGCCAUUCUGCACGACAACAACAGAAGCGACGGUGCCAUUCUGCACGACAACACAAAAGCGACGGUGACAACAACAAAAGCGACGGUGCCAUUCUGCACGACAACAACAAAAGCGACGUUGCCAUUCUGCAUGACAACAACAAAAGCGACGGUGCCAUUCUGCACUAUUCAAGAAACUUGUGCUUCUAUGCACGCACAGAUAGUGCAAAGACCGAGGCAUCUAUGGUACCUGAAUUAGGACCUCUCGGAGGACCUAAUUCUCACUAA